GGCGGAGCGGCCGCGAGAGAGCGCGGAAGGGGCGGCGGGGAAGCGGAGAGGAGCAGGAGACAGGAGCUCUGGGAGCUGAGAAGGAAGGAAGGAAGGAAGGAAAGAGGAGGAGGAGGGAAGGAGGGAGGCAGGCGCCCGGCCGCCGCUGCCCCGGAGCCCCGCUCCGCGCCCGGCGGGGCUCAGCAGCCGCUGCCCCCCGGUCCCGGCGCGACGCCCCCGCGGAGCUGCCUCAGCCAUGAAGGCGGCGGUGGAUCUCACCAUCAUCAAGACGGAGAAAGUGGACAUCGAGCUCUUCCCGUCCCCCGACAUGGAAUGUGCAGAUGUGCCUUUAUUAACUCCCAGCAGCAAAGAAAUGAUGUCUCAGGCACUGAAAGCCACUUUUAGUGGCUUCACCAAAGAGCAACAGCGGCUGGGGAUCCCCAAAGAUCCCCAGCAGUGGACGGAGACGCACGUGAGGGACUGGGUGAUGUGGGCAGUGAACGAGUUCAGCCUGAAGGGAGUGGAUUUCCAGAAGUUCUGUAUGAAUGGAGCUGCCCUCUGUGCUCUGGGCAAAGAAUGUUUCCUGGAGCUAGCACCUGACUUUGUGGGAGACAUCCUUUGGGAACAUCUGGAGAUCUUGCAGAAGGAAGAGGUAAAACCCUACCCAGCAAAUGGAGUGAACACAACCUACCCAGAGUCCCGCUGUACUUCAGACUACUUCAUUAGUUAUGGCAUUGAGCAUGCACAGUGUGUGCCUCCCUCUGAGUUCUCUGAGCCCAGCUUCAUCACAGAAUCCUACCAGACCCUCCAUCCCAUCAGCUCAGAAGAGCUCCUGUCCCUCAAGUACGAGAGCGACUAUCCCUCGGUCAUCCUGCGUGACCCUGUGCAGACAGACUCCCUGCAGACAGACUACUUCAGCAUCAAGCAAGAAGUUGUCACCCCAGACAACAUGUGCAUGGGCCGUGCCAGUCGAGGUAAACUGGGUGGCCAGGACUCCUUCGAGAGCAUCGAGAGCUACGACAGCUGUGACCGCCUGACGCAGUCCUGGAGCAGCCAAUCCUCCUUCCAGAGCCUCCAGCGUGUCCCUUCCUACGACAGCUUUGACUCAGAGGACUAUCCUGCUGCCCUGCCCAACCACAAACCCAAAGGCACCUUCAAGGACUAUGUUCGAGACAGGGCUGAUAUGAACAAAGACAAGCCUGUCAUUCCUGCUGCUGCCCUCGCUGGGUACACAGGCAGUGGACCCAUCCAACUGUGGCAGUUCCUGCUGGAACUUCUCACUGACAAGUCCUGCCAGUCCUUCAUCAGCUGGACGGGCGACGGCUGGGAAUUCAAACUGUCCGACCCAGACGAGGUCGCCAGGCGAUGGGGCAAAAGGAAAAACAAGCCCAAGAUGAACUACGAGAAGCUGAGCCGGGGCCUGCGCUACUACUACGACAAGAACAUCAUCCACAAGACAGCCGGGAAACGUUACGUCUACCGCUUCGUCUGUGACCUUCAGAGCCUCCUGGGCUACACCCCCGAGGAGCUCCACGCCAUGCUGGACGUCAAACCCGACGCUGACGAGUGAAGGUGACCCCCCCCGGGCAUUUUGGAGAGUCGACGGGACGUUUGCUGUUGGGUCCUUUUUUUUGGGGGGGGUUUUUUUUUGUUUUGUUUUAAGUUUUCGCUGAUAUUUUUGUUUCGUUGGUCAUUUUUGUUUGUUGUUUUGUUGUUGUGAAGAGCAACUCGGAUUCGAUGCUGUGAGGAUGUUGGGAGAGGCAAGGUUUUGGCUCAAACCUCGGCAGUUUGUUUCAGAGAGGGACAGGCUUUUAUUGAGGGGGGAAAUCCUGAGUUUUAAGAGGUGAAAUCCUCAGUUUUGAGGGGUGAAAUCCUCAGUUUUGAGGGGUGAAACCUUGAGUUUUAAGAGGUGAAAUCCUGAGUAUUGAAGGGUGAAAUCCUGAGCUUUGAGGGGUGAAAUCUUUGUGUUUUGAGGAGUGAACUUCUUAAUUUCAAGAGGUGAAAUCCUGAGCUUUGAGGGGUGAAAUCUUUGAAGAGGUGAAAACCUGAGUUUUGAAGGGUGAAAUCCUGAGUUUUGAAGGGUGAAAACCUCAGUUUUUGAGGGGUGAAAUCCUGAGUUUUGAAGAGGUGAAAUCCUGAGUUUUGAAGGAUGAAAUCCUCAGUUUUUGAGGGGUGAAAAACUGAGUUUUGAAGGGUGGAAUCCUGAGUUUUAAGGGGUGAAAUCCUGAGUUUUGAAGGAUGAAAUCCUCAGUUUUUGAGGGGUGAAAAACUGAGUUUUGAAGGGUGAAAUCCUGAGUUUUGAGGGGUGAAAAACUGAACUUUGAGGGGUAAAAUCCUCUGCUUUGAGGGGUGAAAUUCUCAAGUUUGAAGAGAGAAAAUCCUGAGUUUUGAGGGGUGAAUUUCUGAAUUUUAAGAGGUGAAAUCCUCUGCUUUGAGGGGUGAAAUUCUUGAGUUUUAAGAGGUUAAAGCCUGAGUUUUGAGGGGUGAAAUCCCGAGUUUUAAGAAGUUAAAGCCUGAGUUUUGAGGGGUGAAAUCCUGAGCUUUGAGGGGUGAAAUCCUGAGUUUUAAGAGGUUAAGGCCUGAGUUUUAAGAGGUGAAAUCCUGAGUUUUGAAGAGUGAAAUCCUGAGCUCUGAGGGGCGAAAUCCUUGAGUUUUAAGAGGUGGAAGCCUGAGUUUUGAGGAGUGAAAUCCUGAGCUUUGAGGGGCGAAGUUCUCUCGAGUUUUAAGAGCUGAAAUCCUGAGUUUUAAGAAAGCUGGGGGGAAAAAAAAUGUAGCUCACUUCAGAAAAAACCAACCCCCAGCUCAAAGCCCCUUCCCACAUGUUGCUGUUUAGGAAAACUUACAAGUGGAUCCCUCUUGGUUUCUGUGUCGCUUGCACACCAACUGACAGUUCAGGUGUUCCAGAGAAUCUGAGGAUCUGAAACAUUUCUUUUUUGGGGGGGUGGGUGGGAGAAGGGAGGGGAAUAAGAGGAGGGAAGACCAAAGUGGGUGAAUAUUCCUUCCCUCAGGGAGGGGGGUGAGAGAGGAGAGGAAAACCCAAGCCCAAGAACCGUUUGUUCUCCUGCAUCGCCUUUCUGUCAGUUGUCUUUUGUUUCUGCAAAAGGCAGAAUUGAUGUUCAGGAGGAGGGAUCAAGAUAUUUUUUAUGUUUUUUUUUUUUAAAAAAAAAGAAUAAUUGUUAAAAGUUUUAUUUUAUUAAAUUUUGUGCCAGUAUUUUCCUUUUUUUAUCUCUUUCAAAUAGCCUUAAGCUCUAAGAUGGUCUCAGCAUUGCAAUAUGUUCGUUUCUGUUAACGCCAGCAGAGAGUUUGAUCAGUUGGAGGGCACAAAAAAGAACAACAACAACAAAAACCACCCUAAAAACCCCCAAAUUAGUGUCUGUAAGACCCCACUUGAGAAGCUCAACGCUCUGACUCAGCAUAAAUCCUUACUGAAGGAAAAUGCCCCCCAAACUGGCUUCUGGUGAUGCUGGCGUGUGUGUGUGUGUGUGUAUGUGUGUGUGUGUGUCACUCCUGCUUCCAGCCCCACACGCUUUGCUGAUGAAGCUGGUGGAAAUUUCUGCUUUUGGGGAGUGUUUUUUUUAAGCUCAGAACAAAAAAAGCAGCUCUUUUGGGUGGUUUUUUUGAGCAGGAAAGCCAGCGAGGAUUGAGGGGGAAAACGGCUCUUUCUGGCGUUUGCCAAAUCGCUGCUUUUAUUUGCUCAGGAGACACUUUGGUGCUCUGAGGAGAUUUUGGGCUAUUCUUAGAGAGGGGAAAAGGGAGAAAUUCCCACCUUUUGAAUGUGAUAAAUGGAAUAUAUUAGAAGUUGAUUGGGGGAGGAAAACAAAGAGAAGGUGAAAAAGCAAAGGGAAAUGCUUUUAUUUCCCUUCCUGUUUCAACCAGCUCUAUUGCCCUUAUGUCUUAACCAGCCUGGGCAGAAGGAAAUUGUCCUUGCAAAUAGAUUCUUUAUUGCUUUUUGUAAGCCUCAUCCUGCAAAGAAACCACCCAAAACCCUGUCAGGGUGUGAGGAACACGAAGCACGUGGCUGGAGGGAGGGCAAACACCAGGCCUCGUGUCCUAUAGCCCAGAGGGUCACAGGGUCAUCAGUGCUGGGGAGCAGCCCUAAACUCUCUGAGCGUGGGCUGACUUCAGAGGGAUAAAUCCCAUGGCCCUGAGUGCUCUCAGGGAUGCUGUGAGCUGACAGGGGCUUGGUAGGAGGUGGAAUAUGGGAUGGGGAGUGUUUCCCUACCCCCCAGGCUGGAUCCAUGUGGGUCCCAUUGCCCAUUGAGGCCUUCCUGGGCCUUUUCUUUCUAGAGACAGUAUUAUGUGUUUGAACCAAAAGUACCUUAUUUUCAUGUAGUUUACCUGUUUGUUUGUGUUUCUUAAGGUAGUUGCCAUCAUUACAGGGGAAGAGCUUUUCCAGAGGGGCUGUCUGGGUGAUCCCAGCUUGGCAGAGGCCUGUAAAGGGACAAAAAACUGGGGCAUGUUCUUCCCCCUGCACUGUGGGAUGUGAUGGAGAGUGAGACCCCGGGGUGAGGCGAUGCUCAGAGCACCCAGCACCUCCCCAGCCAGUCAUUUUGGGGCAAGACAGCCCCAAAAGAUUGCUGAGGGCUUGGAUAAGGGUGAUGGUGGGGGGGAUAUGAGCAGGCCCAGAGGGAGCUGCAGCCAAGGGGGUGGUUGGGGUAAGGGAGGGGGUUAAUUCUGCUAUCAGCUCACAGGGUUGUGCAUCAUCCCACCAAGUGUAUGGAGAGAAGAGUGGGAUGGAAGGAGAGGAAAGAAGAAGGGGUGAAAGGAAGGUGAGAGGAGCCUGCACUGAAGGAGGAAAGGGCCAGUGGCUUCACUCACCCACUCAGGCAGACAGGGAGCAGGGGGAGAAAGCAGCUCAGCCAGCUGAGCUGGAGAGAGGAAGGGAAAACCUGGGUGUGAUGGAUGGAGGUGCCUGCCAUGAGGCAGUGGCAGAGCUGAGCAGGAUGAGGAGGAGUGAGGGAAGGUGUGAGGGCACAGGAACGUGGCAGGGAGGAGCAGCUGAAGGAUCCUCCCAGGACACAUCAUCUGGGUUGGAGUUGUAGCAGCUGGGUGGGUUUUUCCCAGCAUCCAGGGCUGCUGCCUUUGUCUCCAGCCCUUAGCACCAUGCCUGUGCCCCACUACACCUGAAGUGCCUUUGCCAAGCAGGAAUCAGGGAUCAGAAUUCCCUCUGAUGGAAGGAACCAGCAGUUCCCUCCUCCUGAUUCACCUCACUCUCUCCCCUGUGCUUAUUUAUUCAAGGGGGUUUUUUCCCUCAAAAGUCUCCAAGCUCAACCUGCACCUCCCCAGCAAUUUAGGGAAGAUGGUUAGAAAAGGCAAGUCACAACAAGCAGGGCUUUUUUUUUCCCCCUGGCUGGAGCUUCCCCAUCAUUUCUGCCACCCAUUUGCCACCCCAGCUUGCGUCCUCAGCUUCAUCCUUUGCUGUUCUGCUCCUGUUUCCUCCUCCCAAGCCAGAGACCAUCCCAGCCAGGGCUGUGUGCUGUUUAUACACUGGAAAUUUGCAAUGUGUUGUUUGGUUUCUUUGUGUUUUGGUUUCUUUUUCUCUUCCUAUCUGCAUUUUAAUUGCAUGUGGGCUCUUGGCAAGGGAUGUGCUGGAACCCAAACCCAACCUCCUGAUUCUUCCAGGCUUUGAAGGUUUAACUCCAGCCCUUUCCCCUCCCUCCCUGUGCUGGAUCAGAGAGAUGAGUUUGAGAGGGGUGAUGGAGAUCUGCUGGGGAUGGGACUCACUCCUGUGUUUCCUCUACGUGGGGGUGAGCUUCACCCUCAGCAGAUAACACUUGGCUUUUGGGUGGUUUUGUCUUGGUUUGGAAUGUCUCUGUUGGUGAUGGGGGGGGGUUUGGGAUAUUUUCUGUGCUCUGCUAGUUGAGGUGGGGGUAGGGGGGGACACACAUCCCCUUGGUCCCCAUGGCAGAGCCUUGGGCUUGCAAAAAGCUUCAGUGAGGCCUCAGCUGGGACCUGGGUCAGAGGCUUCAAAACCAUAAAGCCCCAAACUUGAUGCAAAAUGCAAGCACUUUGUUUUUCCUGCUGCCUGUCCCUCCCCAUCUCUGUGUGUAGGAUGACUUACACCCCGUGGAGAUCCCUUUGAUUGCCACCAUCCCACUCCAGACAGGAGAAACAAACCAAAGACACGGGGUGGGGGCACAGAAGAGAUUUAGUACCAUUCAACCUCCUCAACAUCUUUCCAAACCCAACACCCCUUUCCUCCACAACCAAAAAAAGAAACCAAAAGGAGGAAGGUCCUGACAGCUCCAAGUGCUGUGGGAAAUCUGUCUCCAGCUUCUCUUCUGGAGGCAUUUGAGACUUGUCAGUGGCUUCUUCCUCAUCACUGCCAUCAGUUUGGGCUCCUCCUUUGCUCUGCUCCAUGCUAAGGUUCUGACAUCCACGAGCUGUUGUCUACAUUCCAAAGAGCUUUUGAGAGACCUGUGUUUAAUAGUGGAAUCUCUCCAGUAAUGGAACUGCCUCAGUUGAAAGAGAACAGCAGCAAAGAGGCGUUUUCUUUCGUGUGUCUGUCUGUGGGACUUUGGGGUGGGUUGUGUUGUUUUUUUAAGCUGAUAAACAUAGAAGUUAAGGAAGAAGAGAUUGUUAUAUUGUGCUGGUUUUUGCCAACUUUGUAUUUUCAUAUAAUUUAUAUUUUUUAAUAGGGGAGUUGGGGGGGGUAAAAAAAAAAAGAGAAUUAAAAGCCAGAGGUUAAAAAAAACCCAGAAAAAACACGUUAAAAAAACCCCUACAAGUUAAAAACAAAACCAAACUUGGAAAAGCAGGUGCUUUUUAAACAAAAUACCCCAAACCUGAGCUGAGGUAGCUUAGAGAUGUAGCGAGGUGUGUGUGUGUGUGUGUGCGCGUGUGUCUGCGUGUGAUGUUUUGUUUUGGUCCGUUCUGGGUUUGUUUUGUCUUGGUUUUGUCGUUGUUUUUUUAAAGGAUACAUAAAAAAAUAGAGGAGGAGUCCCCCCCCUCCUGCAUUGAGUUCGUUAAAGGAGAGGAGGGAGGUGGAGAGGGGGGGUUUUGUUUCAAUUGCUGAUGCUGGCACAUCAUUUUUGCUGGAGAGUUUUUUAUAUACUGUAGCCUUAUUUCAUAUCGUAUUUUAAACCAUGUGAAAUUAAAAGAUGAGUAAUUCCUAAA